AUGGACAAGUGGUCUUUGCUGAGUCGCCUAAGGAAGGCCGUGAGGAAGGUAAGCUUCCUACUAAACCUCAACGUGAAUCGCUGGCGAAUUGUUUCGAUGAUCGGCCGUACUGUUUCUAGCAACCACCGAUUGAUGAGCUUCAACGACCACCCAGGGCUGAAAGUGGCGUGUGGCGAUGAGACCAGCUCCGAGGAGCACUCGGGGUCUUCUAGGGGAAAUCUUCAGAGGACAAUAAGCUAUCCAUCGGAUCAAGAUGAUAUUGAUCAAAGAGCAGAGAUGUUCAUAGCGAAUUUCCGCCGCCAACUUCGGGUGGAGAGACAAAUUUCGUUAGAGCUUCGGUAUGGCAGAGGAAAUAGUUUUGACUUGAAGUCUCCUUGA